GACUGAAACACAAAAAGUAAAGUGUUAAAGCAAAACAAACAAACAUGAUUACUGUGGCAAAUAUGUUUGGUCUAUUUGUUGUGAUCUCAUUCGCAUUUGCUUUCACAAAUGCAGAUCCUCUUAUUGAAUUCGGUACCCUCAAUCGAAGCAGUUUUCCUAAGGGUUUCAUUUUUGGGACGGGUUCAUCAUCUUAUCAAUAUGAAGGUGCAGUCAACGAAGAUGGUAGAAAACCAAGUAUAUGGGAUACAUAUACUCAUGAUCAUCCAGAAAGAAUAAGGGAUGGAAGCAAUGCAGAUGUUACAGUUGAUCAAUAUCACCGUUAUAAGGAAGAUGUGCAAAUUAUAAAAGAUAUGAAUAUGGAUUCGUACAGAUUCUCCAUCUCUUGGUCAAGAGUAAUCCCAACGGGAAAGUGGGACAAAGGCCGUGGCGAAAAUCCUGCUGGAAUAGAAUAUUACAACAACCUCACCAAUGAACUCAUUGCAAAUGGUAUACAACCAUUAGUAACUCUUUUUCAUUGGGAUCUUCCUCAAGGUUUAGAAGAUGAGUAUGGUGGUUUCUUAAACGAAAGCAUAGUAGAUGAUUUUCGAGACUAUGCGGAUCUUUGUUUCAAUAAAUUUGGAGAUAGAGUGAAGAAUUGGGUUACUUUCAACGAACCAUGGUUAUAUAGCAAUGGUGGUUAUGCACUUGGGAACACAGCACCGGGUCGAUGUUCAGAUCCAACGUGUCUAGGUGGAAAUUCUGGCACAGAACCUUAUACAGUUACACACAAUCAAAUUCUUGCUCAUGCAGAAGCCUUUCACCUGUAUAGGAGAAAGUAUCAGCCAAGACAACAGGGCAAGAUAGGCAUAACAUUGGUAACUAACUGGUUCUUACCACUCGGAGACAAUAGCAUAGAAGAUGACGAGGCUACUAGCAGAGCACUUGACUUCCAAUUUGGAUGGUUUAUGGAUCCACUAACAAAUGGAAAGUAUCCUAUAAGCAUGCAAAAUAUAGUGAAAAAUCGAUUGCCUAAGUUCACUUUAGAGCAAUCACUUCAAGUCAAGGAUUCAUUUGAUUUUCUUGGCUUAAACUAUUACUCUUCUAGCUAUAUUAAUAAUGCUCCACCACCACCCAACGAGCCACCUAGUUACACAACAGAUCCUAGAACCAAUACUUCAUUUGAAAAAAACGGGGUACCCCUAGGUCCAAGGGCUGCUUCAGUUUGGAUAUAUGUUUAUCCAAAGGGACUUCGAGAUCUUUUGUUACAUAUUAAAGAUAGAUACAACAAUCCUGAUGUUUACAUCCAUGAAAAUGGUAUGAAUGAAUUCAACGAUCCAACACUUCCGGUGGAAGAAGCUCGUUUGGAUACUUAUAGAAUUGAUUAUUAUUAUCGUCAUUUAUACUACAUAAAUUCUGCAAUCAAGGCCGGCGCAAAUGUUAAGGGAUAUUUCGCUUGGACACUUUUGGAUGAUUUUGAAUGGUUUAAUGGCUUUACUGUUCGGUUUGGAUUGUACUAUGUAGAUUUCAAAGAUGGAUUAAAAAGAUACCCAAAACUUUCUGCAAAAUGGUUUCAGAACUUUCUCAAAAGAAACUAGUAUUGAUCAUAUCGUUUGAAGCUGGGACACCUCCAAAUUUAGUAGUUCAAUUUGAGUGAAGUAUUUAGGCUGUUAUCUAUGUUGUAUGCAGCCCAAUUAAAUAAGUGUCUUGUCCCAGCAACUAUGAUCAUAUAGAGAUAAUUCUUCAUGUAUUUGUUUGGUUUUGAUACAAAUACAAAUAAAAACUUAUGGUUCACAAUUAGAAUAUGCCAAAAAAAAUUAUCAAAAA